GAUGAAGGACCAGCUCACAUCUAUAGACAUCAACAUGUUGGACAACAAGAAAUUGACUGCUCCCUUAUUCCUGUUAGUUGUGAUAUCCAUCGGCCGGAUCGAGGCCUUCCCGAACGGAGCUCCAAGUUCCGCUUGUACAACCAUGAGUCCUGUGCAUGGGUACCCCCGAUUCCCACCUCAAGUCACUCCAUCGCCCUUCCAGACGGAAAUUCCGGCCGGGGAGUACGCCUUGAUGGAUAAGGCAGUGCGACUGGAAUUGCGUUCCCAAAACGAAAUGUCAAAAUUCAAAGGUUUCCUUGUGAUGGCCUUUGACAAGAACAAUGAUGCACAGCCAAUCGGAACUUUUCAAUUGCCCAGCGACGGCAAAUUAAUGAACUGCACCGCAGAUGCCCUGGAUGCCGCUACGCACACAUUCAACAAUGAAAAACAGUUGGUGACGGUUGAGUGGAUUCCGCCGAUGAAUUAUUUGGGCACGGUCGUCUUCAGGACCACAUACGUACAAAACGUUUCCACAUUUUGGGUCAAGACGGAAUCGAUUGCCGUUUCUUUUGUGGCGGAUAUUCCGACAGCCAAUCCCAGCCAGCCGUCGGUGGCAGUGACACAACCAACGGUGGCCAACACCCCCAAUUCCGCCCCCCAUCCAUCGACCGGCAGUUUCAUAUGGGCUGGUCUGAUGGCCGCUGCUACCUCGUUAUUACUUAUCCCUUCCAGACAAAUUCAACUGUUGGCCUGAUGGCAUCACCAGGUGCGGACAGCACACGACUGGGCGUGAAUUCCAAUCGUUCGCGGUAUUUUUUAUUCGCGCAACCAUGACAACUUUCAAACUUAGCAAAAAGAAUGUACUAGCAAUGGAAUAAUAAACAUACAAUAGCAUA